AUGGCUCCUCCCCCCACUCUGUCCAUGUCAUCCAACAAUGUGUUGGACAAAAUGUCGCCUCCUCGACAGCAGCAGUCUCGGCUGGAAAAGGGCCGAAAGCAACUGCCUGCGGGCAUUGCGCUGCCGUGCUCGGAGCAGAUUCUCAGAAAGCUUUCUGUGUCGUCCUCCGAAGACGAGCGACAGACGGGGUUUGAAAUGCUCCAGGAGGGCAUCCGAACAAUUCUGGGCCCGUCGUCCGGCAUUGAUUCCGAUGACGUCAACGUCGAAGACCUCAUGGACAUCAUGACCCGGUACCACUCCAUCGAGUCCGAGUGGAAGGACUUUGCUCUGGAAGAACCCACUCGAGGAUACACCCGAAACGGAGUGGACAACAUCAACAACAAGGCCAACCUGCUUCUGCUGGUUUGGAACCCCGGAAAGGGCUCGUGCAUCCAUGACCACGCCGACGCCCACUGCAUCAUGAAGAUCCUCAAGGGCAACCUGGUGGAGACUCUCUACGAGUGGCCCGAGGAAGGUGUCGAGGGCCCCAUGAAGGUCAUCAAGGAGUCUGUUCGAUCCGAGCAGCAGGUGGCCUACAUGUCCGACAAAAUCGGCCUGCAUCGAAUCAAAAACCCCAGCGAAACCGAGGUGGCUGUCUCUCUGCAUCUUUACACCCCUCCCUGGGCUGCCGAAUACGGCUGUUCCAUCUUCGACGAGAACACCAGCAAGAGCUCCAAGGUGAACAUGUCCAACCUGUACUCUUGGAGAGGCGAGCUGCAGGAGAAGGCUGGUGGCGACUCCUGCUAA